AUGGUAAGGGUGGGUGGUGGUGAGGCCAUCCCUAGCACCACACAGAGACAGAGGGAGCUGGAGCUGGAGCUGGAGCUGCCUCUAGCAAGGAUAGUGAGGGUGGGUGGUGGUGAGGCCAUCCCUAGCACCACACAGAAGACAGAGGGAGCUGGGGCUGCCUCUAGCAAGGGAGUUAUUGACCUGACCAAUGAGCCCACCACUGACCGUGAUGAGUUGCAGAAAGCUAUAGCGGCCAGUCUGCAGGACAGCCAGGGCAUUCUGGGAGGUCAGGUGACCAGGGAGGAGCAAGAUAUUAGCAGGGUUCUAGAAGCCAGUCUGGCCGAGAGCAAGGCAGGGACAAAGAGGAAACGAGGGGAGGUAUGGUUUGUCGACCCACUCAACCCCCAUGAACGCAAGCGUAGCGAGGGAUGGCCAGUAGGACUGAAGAAUGUCGGCAAUACAUGCUGGUUCAGCGCAGUUAUACAGUCACUCUUUCAUCUAAGAAAAUUUCGACACAUUGUGCUGAAUUUCAAACUUCCAAAUGAAGGGCCUUCUACAUCAACAAAUGAGAGGAGAAAUCAUCGGUUCAUGAAUGAGCUGCGUCACCUGUUUGCCUUGCUGGUCGGCUCAAACAAAAAGUAUGUGGAUCCGCCCAAAGCUGUGGAUAUUCUGAAGGAGGCUUUUUCCUCCCCAACAGGAGCUAGUGAUAGUCAGCAGGACGUCAGUGAGUUUCAACAUAAACUCCUAGAAUGGCUUGAGGAAGCCUUCAAGAAGGAUAACACUGACCCUUCAUCCUCACGGGAGAAGGCAGGAUGUUCUCAGCAGGAGGAUAAGAAGGAUGACAAUCCUGUUGUGGAUCUAUUUCCACGGCAGUUCCAGGCAGAGGGAUAUCAAUGAAGGAAAGGGAUUCACCAACGAGGGAGACGCUUUGGGCAGUUUCCUUUGCAGGUGAACGGGUCGGAGAUAUCCACGCAGAGUCUAGAGGGUGCCACUGCCCAGGGUGAGAUUGAGGCUGUCAGUAGUGACGUCACACAGAAAUCAGGCCAGGAGCUAUGGUUUUCCCGCCUGCCUCCAGUAUUGACCUUUGAGCUUUCACGUUUCCAGUUCAACCAGCAGAUGGGUCGACCUGAAAAAAUACAUAAUAAGAUAGAGUUUCCUAAAGUUAUCUACAUGGACCGGUACAUGGAGAGAAACAAGGCACUGACACGCGGCAGAGGAGAGAGGAGGAGAAAGCUGAAGGAGGAACUCACUGUGCUGCAUCUUGAGAAACUGGAUAAGUUCAUCUGUUACUGGUCUGGAAGCAAGCGUUUCCCUCUACAAGACGUGUUGUCGUCCGUGCUGCAGUUCGAGAGAGUAAACCCAGUUCUUCCAGUCCACAGUCGCGACGAUGUUGAGAUGGAAUCUCCAAAACCGAACUCGAUCACAAAGCCCCUAAGCCCCCGCCCGGCACUUCCCAGCCCUCCCCGCCAUGUGUCAGAGAGUGAACUCCAGGUGCUACAAGACUGUCUCAGACGUUGGCGAACUGAGGUGGAGACUGGCGUCAGGGGUAAGUUUUUGUCUUCUGUCCAAUAUGAUGAUGCUAUGCAAAAAUUCCCCUACCAUCUCCAUGCUGUGCUGGUUCAUGAGGGUCAGGCGGCGUCGGGCCACUACUGGGCCUACAUUUAUGACUUGACCAGGGAGAAGUGGCUCAAGUUCAACGACAUCACCGUGUCCGAGUCAUCCUGGGAAGAGUUGGAGAAGGAGAGCAUGGGAGGCUACCACAAUGCCAGUGCCUACUGCCUCAUGUACGUGGACCGCAGCAGACUGGAGGCGUUAGAAGGGAAGCAGCGAUCAGAGCAGGUAGAGGCUCUCCCUCCAGACCUCGCCGACCAGGUGAUGGAUGACAACAAGAAGUUCGGGAAGGAGUUGGAGGACUGGGACCGAGAGAUGGCGCUGAAGAAAGUGGGCGGAGACUCUGAAGUCACUGACCACAGGAUGCGAAGCGACAAGCCAGCACAAACUACAGGCACUCAGACAGUGCACAUGUCACAACGUAUCAACCUGUCCGUCGUCCACGCCCAGCUGGCCAUGAAAGACACUCUCGGCAUCGUCAUCAACAUGAUGGAGAUGAGUGCUGCCAAGCCUCCUGGGGAGUUGCUGCAAAGUAUUAUUAUGGGAGAGCUGAGGAGUCUAGCCAAGUUGGAGAAACAGUUUCCCAAGAAGCCCCUUGACGACCUGAGGCUGCGGAUGGUGAGCCUGUAUCUGUUUAUGAAUGGGACAGACGAGGACACGCUGAAGUGGGUUCUGCUGGAACAGAUCACGUACCUAAAUAGGCUGGACACUGAACAGAGAACGAAGUCUUUACGUGCUGCGGCUCAGGAGAUGAUGACGAACAUCCAGAGAGAGAAGGGCGAGCAGGGUCUGAGACUGCAUGAGGCCUGGCAUCGGAAAUACCAUCAGUUCAGGGAAGUGGUGUACCUCUUUGUUAAAGGUCUAGAAGCCUAUUAUAAAGAAAGGUUUGCAGAAGCAAUGCCUUACUUUAACAUAGCGUGGCAUUACAACACUGAGGUGAUCGAGGGCAAGAGUGAGAACUUGGGGAUGAGUAAACAGCUUGUGGCCUUUUACCAGAGGGAAUGCUUAGAGAAACUGAACGCUUGGUCUGCGCAGAUGUUUGAAGCUGAGGACGACAUCUCCGAGAUGUUGACGACCAUGAUGGAUCUGGUGCUGCCUUCUAUGCCAGCUCUCUUCCUGUCUGGCUUCUCGGAUGACACGGCUUCUGCAGAGGAGAUGAGGGAAAGGUGGUGUUCAUUCCUUGGGCAGGACCUUGAUGAAUACAAGGUGGAGAAGUUACAGGAGAUUCUCUCGAAGUUGUUUGAGCCAGCGUCAGAGACUCGGUCUGUCAGGACACCAUCAGUCCGAAUCACAGAUAUGAAUGAACUCUACUAUCAGUAUAAAUCUAUCAUGGCCACUGCAGACAAUCAGGGUGACCUUGACCUUGUGUUGAAGGUUACAUAGAAGACAUGAGAGAUCCUGUAAAGUGUCACUUCCUCUCAGCGGCAUCUACCUGUGUUGUGGAUGUUGUGAGAACAUGGGAUGCAUAGCACAUAUGACAUAAUCCCCUAUGUCAAAGAUCAUCAUCAUGUAUCCUGCACUCAUCAUCAGGGUCAAAGGUCACCCAUAAAAGUUCAAGGUCAUGUCAUUUAAACAGCCAUGCGUGAGCUUUAAGAGACCGAACAACAGCCCAGUUGAAGUCAUAGGACAGACCGACACAUUACCAGAGGAGCUAGGUCUGGUCAAGGUGGAUGUGGGGUCAAGGUCAAGGUCAGGGAAAAGGGAAAACGCCCUGAAAAGUCAUGUUGGCCAAGGUGAAGAAAGAUGUGCUUGUGACUUUGUGGCAGCAACUCUGUAAUGUGCUAAUUAACCAACAUGAAGAUAGCUUGUGUUCACUGGUGAUCCGCUUCCAUGGCAUUGCAUUAGAGUCUGCUAGAAAGGCCUGUUUAUUUGCCAAAGACUACCGCAGAGAAAAAGCUGAGAUUAUUCACACCAAGACUUUCUCCACCAACGAUUACUUAAUUAUGAUUGAGAUCCACCACAUGUCUUUUUUUUCUAUAUUUCUUUGCAAGAAAAGGCUAGUUCUCAUUUUGACCAAGGUGUGCUCUCUCAGGCUC